GAGAUUUUAUUAAUACUAUCAUGACAUGUAUAUACAUAUAUGUCUUUGCUUGCGUGUUUGAAUAUGUUUAUCCAUUUUAAACUUAUCUGAACAGUGCGUACCUGAGAGCAGUGUGUCAUGCACCCAUCUUUCCCAGCUGUCAGCAAUAGAUUACACACACACUCACUCAGUUCUGUUUAUAAUCAUUGUACUUCUGCCUUAUCCUCGCCCAACUGAAACCAGCAUAAACUGAUUUCACAGAAACCAAGAUCAGCACACACUCAGCAUUUCUUGAGAGCUGGAACAUGAUGUAUGAAAUGUUGUGUAACUUCUGCAAUGCUAUAAAAUAAAGGGUUUCUGCGUGCUCAAGGGAGAGUGCCACUCGAGCUCUCACCCGUGCACGUUGCCGUUAUUACACUUAAACUGUCUGAGUGUCUCUAUUCAACCUGAAGAAUGUCUUUUAAAAUAUAAACACCUGACAUUUUAAUGGUCCUUCGAGCCGGAUUGGACACCAAAUUCUAACUAAUUUUGUGCUCCAACAGAGUGACCUCGUCGCCGCCUGGAAUCGUGAACCCGCGCUGCAAAGUCUGUCGACAGCCUGUUUCUAGUGAAGCAGAAAAUCCAACUACGUGGAUUCACCGUUGGUCAGCGCUUUACAAGAGGUCCGCGAUCCCGGGGAGCGAGGAGGAUUCUCUCUGACCGGCAUUUUCUCAUUCGAACCAGUCUCUUCCAGGUCCUGCUCACAACACCCACAGCAUGCAAGAUUGCUGAACGACCCUCGUGGAUUCAUCAAAGCCACACAAAGAAGAUUGAACCAAUCCAAGACCCACCAACAUCUCCUUAAAGUGAGUGAUAAGUUUAGACUCUGGUCCUCCCCAACCUCUAGUGUUCGCUCGGUGGGGGGUAGGGUGAUCAGUGGCAACACUCGUGAUCCCACUCCUCUGGCUGAGGUCUACUCAUUAGAGGCUACGGGUGUGUCUGGUGGUCGAGAAGAGGAGAACACUCACAGGAAUGGAGAUGCUAGACAGAACCCAAGAUUCCACUGAGGGAGAAAGGAGAGAUGGACAUAGACAACGUCAAUAUUGGACAACAGGAUGCCAGCUGACAACAGUCACAACCCCGUGUUUCAUGUUUGUGUUCUCAGUGUUCCUGACAAUAGCCAUCGUAUCCAUGAACAUGGCCUGCACCGAUAAUCCCUGUGAUCCCCACUGCCAGCAGAUUUAUCGUCAGUACCCAAAUGUGACAUGCUCAGAACAAAGCGCUGUCCCUAAACAAGAUCAUCGCACCACGGAAAAUGUGGAACUGACCCGGAAAAAGCGCAGUUUCUGCAGAGGAUACUGCCACGGAGUGGCAGGGGCCAGGAAAUAUGACAACCCAUGUAACCAAACUGCAACCCUGAAGAAGACCGAAGAUCUAUACCUAUGCUACAACAAAACCAGUUUUUCCUCUACAGUAUGGAUCCCACUAAACUCAUUCCACAUUGGAGGCUAUCGAGGUGACGAGUGGAACGAAUAUGACUGGUACCUGUCAAGCACGGACUGGGACCAAGGCUGGGACACUGUCUUCACCUAUACUGGCAACGACUGGACACCCUACAGUGAGUACUGGCUGGCAAACUCGGCAAAGAACUGGUCAAAAACUAUGAAUAUGACCAAGACAUCAACCCAUCUGAUACUGAAUUUCCAUACGGAAAAGCUCCCUCUGGCUGAAACCCCGCUAGCCAUGUCCGUCCGAACUUGGGAUCAUUUUACCAACUCCCCUUGCUACCACCUGACACUGUUUGUGUACAGAAAACAUGCAAAUGAUCCACACACCUACCUGUCAAUAUGCAGCCAUUCUGACUCUUUGUGGUUGCUGCUGCAUACCAUGCAUAAGAGCCCUGAUCAACAGACUGAUAGCAACUGCCAUUACACCAGACCCUGUCAGCCCAAGAGAAACUAUGACGUUAUUGGAACACGCUGACACUGACACAGACACUGAUAAUGAUGAAGCUGAUUCAAGUGAAGAGAACAGCCUGUAAAAUGAAAAGAAAAUAAAGACCCCUGUUAACAAUGAUGCAACAGUUAAAAAUGCUAAGUCAAGAGACUGUAUGCUGAACAGUUAAAAUGUGUAAACAAAUUAACAACAGGAGGGAAUAUGUUAAGAGAUUUUAUUAAUACUAUCAUGACAUGUAUAUACAUAUAUGUCUUUGCUUGCAUGUUUGAAUAUGUUUAUCCAUUUUAAACUUAUCUGAACAGUGCGUACCUGAGAGCAGUGUGUCAUGCACCCAUCUUUCCCAGCUGUCAGCAAUAGAUUACACACACACUCACUCAGUUCUGUUUAUAAUCAUUGUACUUCUGCCUUAUCCUCGCCCAACUGAAACCAGCAUAAACUGAUUUCACAGAAACCAAGAUCAGCACACACUCAGCAUUUCUUGAGAGCUGGAACAUGAUGUAUGAAAUGUUGUGUAACUU